CGAGUGCAGGGAGGACGGACUGCGGUAGCGGGCCAAGCAAAUGAUUCAAUAAGAUCCAAAGGAGCCUGGUGCGGGUUUUUAGAAAGUCCAGUCAUUCCUGGUUGCAGUUAGAUCAGCACACUGGGGCCAGUCGAUGUUGUGGUAGGCCUACAGCUGGCUUUCCCCUUGACUAAUCAACAGACCAACCUGACUCCACCCAUCUCCUUCCCCAUACUGUAGCAUGAUAAGGUAGGCGUGACAAACGAUCGGUCAUAUGAGCGUCAGUAGCGCCAUGUCACCGGGAAACCUCGGCCGCUUGUGAGGAUUUUGCAAAGGGAUGGCACCGCCGAAGUACAUUUUAAACAGCAAGGUGCUGAAUUAGGCUAUGGUUUGCCCUGAUACGUAACGGUAGCAGCAGCGCUUCCCAGACCAUCUCCCCCCUAGCCAGCUACUCCACCAACCCUUCAGCCCAGGCCCAAGCUCAGCCAUGACAGCCAAGUCAUCCCUGCUCAAGGUGAUCCUCCUUGGGGACGGAGGCGUGGGCAAGUCCUCUCUCAUGAACCGCUAUGUCACCAACAAGUUUGACACGCAUCUCUUCCACACCAUUGGCGUGGAGUUCCUAAACAAGGAGCUGGAGGUGGACGGGCGCACCGUGACGCUCCAAAUCUGGGACACGGCUGGCCAGGAGCGCUUCCGCUCACUCCGGACACCCUUCUACCGUGGCUCCGACUGUUGUCUCCUAACCUUCAGCAUGGAUGACAACCAGAGCUUCCACAAUCUCAACAACUGGAAGAAGGAGUUUGCCUACUACGCUGAUGUCAAGGAACCCGAGAAGUUCCCAUUCGUGAUCCUGGGUAAUAAGUUGGAUGUGCCAGAGAGGCAGGUUUCGGGUGAGGACGCCCGCCAGUGGUGCCGCGAGAACGGCGGCCACCCGUACUUUGAGACAAGCGCCAAGGACUCUACCAACGUGGUGGCGGCGUUUGAGGAGGCGGUGAGGAGGGUGCUGGCGCAGGAGGAAGGGGGGGAGCACCUCAUCCCGACGGACACAAUGGACCUGCACAGGAAGCCGCGCUCUGGCGCCUCCUGCUGCUGAGAUGUAGUGGUGAUUACCUUUAUUUGACUCUUAAAGGCCCAAUGCAGCUGUUUAUCUCAAUUUAAAAUGGGCAAAAAUGGAUUUUUAGCAAAAAAAUAUUUCUCAAGCAAGAAUAUGACUAAGACUGGGAAAACUAGCUGUUAUUGGAGGAGGGGUUUGGAACUGUCUUUGUUAUUGGUCUAUUAACCAAUCAACCGCAUAGUGAUGUCACCUUGGAAAGCUGAAACUCCCGCCCAUGCAAACCUGCUGAUUAUAAUGUCCUGUGUAGAUUGUAUUUUCAACCACCAACUAUCAGGAAAUAAACUGAUCACAUUUUUUCACAGUU